CAACUCCUUUAUGGGGGGACGAACUGACGAAUACCUAUUCCUGAAACAAAACCCAUCUCUCUCCAUUUUUUAUGACUACUAUUACACCAACAUAGUAGUUAUAUAUACUUCUUUACAUAUCCAUUUAUAGAUAGUUCCAGAGAGAGUCAGGGGGGGCAGAGUGAGAAAGAUCGGACUUUUGCCAGCCCUUGGGAGGAAUAGAUGGCUUUGAGGCGCCUUUUCACGCAGGUUGCAAAGCAGCCAUUUAACAGUCUGCUUGCAAGAUCUUAUCUCAUUUCCCAGAGGUUUGGAGGGAGUAGACUUUCAGGUGCUCAAGAAAGGUUUCAGUCUAGCUACGUUGGCAGUUUAGCUCGGAGAGUACGUGAUGCAAAUGGAUCAAGUGACAUUGCAUACCUUAAAGAGCUUGGUCACCGAAAUGAUCCUGAGGCUGUGAUCAGGCUAUUCGAAAGUCAACCUUCAUUGCACUCAAACCCAUCAGCACUUGCUGAAUAUGUUAAAGCAUUGGUCAGAGUUGACAGGCUGGAUGAAAGUGAGUUAGUCAGGACGUUGCAGAGAGGCAUUGCAGGCGCUGCUAACUCGCAAGCUGGGGAAGAAAGCAUAGGGGGUCUUUCAGCUUUUAGGAACAUGGGAAAAUCUACAAAAGAUGGUGUUCUUGGAACCGCUAGUGCACCUUUGCAUAUGGUAACUACAGAAGGAGGGCAUUUCAAGGAACAAUUGUGGCGGACAUUCCGAACCCUGGGUAUGGCCUUUCUAUUGAUUUCUGGUGUAGGAGCACUCAUUGAGGACAGAGGAAUUAGUAAAGGACUUGGUCUGAAUGAGGAGGUGCAACCCAGCAUGGAGUCUAACACAAAAUUUAGUGACGUCAAAGGUGUCGAUGAGGCAAAAGCUGAGCUAGAAGAAAUUGUUCACUAUCUUCGAGACCCCAAGCGCUUCACCCGUCUUGGUGGCAAACUUCCAAAAGGUGUUUUGCUUGUUGGUCCACCUGGCACUGGCAAGACAAUGUUAGCAAGGGCUAUAGCAGGAGAAGCUGGAGUGCCUUUUUUCUCGUGCAGUGGCAGUGAGUUUGAGGAAAUGUUUGUGGGUGUUGGAGCCCGAAGGGUGAGAGAUCUCUUUGCUGCUGCAAAGAAGCGGUCACCGUGUAUUAUAUUUCUUGAUGAGAUAGAUGCUAUAGGGGGGAGCCGUAACCCAAAGGACCAGCAGUAUAUGAAGAUGACCUUGAAUCAGUUGCUCGUUGAGCUUGAUGGCUUCAAACAAAAUGAUGGCAUCAUUGUGAUUGCUGCAACUAAUUUCCCUGAGUCGUUGGAUAAAGCGCUGGUGAGACCUGGACGGUUUGAUCGUAACAUUGUUGUCCCGAAUCCUGAUGUUGAAGGGCGGAGACAGAUUUUAGAAUCCCAUAUGUCAAAGGUUUUGAAGGGCGAUGAUGUUGACAUGAUGAUCAUUGCCAGGGGAACUCCUGGAUUCUCGGGUGCUGACCUCGCAAACUUGGUCAACAUUGCAGCUCUCAAGGCUGCAAUGGACGGUGCUAAAGCUGUGAGCAUGGCCGAUCUAGAAUACGCAAAGGACAAGAUCAUGAUGGGAAGCGAGCGCAAAUCGGCUGUCAUAUCGGAUGAGUCACGUAAGCUGACGGCCUUCCAUGAAGGUGGCCAUGCCCUAGUUGCUAUCCAUACCGAUGGGGCCCUUCCGGUGCACAAGGCAACCAUUGUGCCUCGUGGCAUGGCUCUGGGCAUGGUUGCCCAAUUACCCGACAAGGAUGAAACGAGUAUUUCCCGUAAGCAAAUGCUGGCUCGUCUUGAUGUUUGCAUGGGGGGUAGAGUUGCAGAAGAGCUCAUCUUUGGAGAAAAUGAGGUUACUUCCGGUGCAUCUUCUGAUCUUCAGCAAGCAACUAGUCUAGCUAGAGCUAUGGUCACAAAAUACGGCAUGAGCAAGCAAGUUGGGGUUGUGACACACAAUUACGACGAUAAUGGAAAGAGCAUGAGCACAGAGACUAGGCUUCUUAUAGAGAAGGAAGUGAGAGAACUCUUGGAAAGGGCUUAUAAUAACGCGAAAAACAUUCUCAUUACUCAUAGCAAGGAGCACCAUGCUCUUGCUAAUGCUUUGCUCGAGCAGGAGACAUUGACAGGAAGUCAAAUCAAGGCUUUGCUUGCUCAGGUGAACUCUGAGCAACCACAGCAGCAGCAUCAAGCUGUUGUACCACAGAAUACUUCGCAAUCCAACCCUGUGCCACCUUCAACGCCCAAUGCAGCAGCUUCUGCUGCGGCUGCGGCGGCAGCAGCCGCGGCGGCUGCAACUGCAGCAGCCAAGGCACAAGGAGUUGCUCCGGUGGGGUCUUAGCCAGACGAUGAAUAUCGAUGUGCAUAUACUUAUUUUACAUGCAGAAGCCAUUGUCUGUUUUUUAGAAGCACUGUAGGUUGACGCUCCCAGUGCUGUUACUAUUUAUGUAGCUUGGAAGUCAAGUGCAAGUGUAGCAGUCAUGUAUAAGUCCAGAGGAUUAUAUUUAACGGUCCGUUUUUAUUUUUGUUCUGCAAUAGAGUUGACUUAAUUUUUAUUUUUAAUUUACUGACAUUUUGUAUUUUUGUUCUGCGGUUUUGCUUACUCUUUUGCUCCUGUCGGAUGAGUUGUAAAUUUUCUAAUAAAGAGGUUCGAGUCUCCUUA